CUCCUGUGCUGUGGGGUGUGUGUGUGGGGGCUGGGGGUGCGACCUGGGACGGCCCCAGGCACCCUGGGAACACUCUUCGCCAGCGGCCUUUGUUUCUCUCCAACUCGAGAUGUUUCGGGUGGAAAACAAGAGACCCCGGUGGCCUCUUGGGACCCCCACCCUCUCUGGGUCCUGACAGCUGCGCGUGACCCCUCUCCGCUGCCCCUGGGCCUGCUGAGUUGAGAGCUGCGUCCAGGACUCAUUAUCCUUCAGAUGGUCCCUCGCGUGUCUGAAAUCCAGAUUGACCCGGGUGCCCCCUGAGAAAUGUCUGACCUGGAGAGCAGCCCGUCCAACAGGGCCAGCGUCCUCCCGACACAUGGGGCAGGUUCCCUGUGAGCAGCACGUGUCAGUGCCCAGAGCUCGCGGACGGCGCCCACCCGCACAGGAGCCCGCACGCACCCCACGGCCCCCGCCCGCGCCUUCCCCGGCCAGUGGACGCGCCCCUGGGGCUCCCCAGGCCGGGCGUGAGGGGCCGGUUCCCGAGAAGACGCCACAGGGGAGCGGCCCGAGGACCAGUGACCGGCCGCAGGGCCCCCGACGCCCACCCCUGACCGGCCAGCCCCUGCCCCGCGAUGCUCCGGACGCUGCUGCUCCUGCUGGCCACCCUCCUGCGUGCACACAGUGGCCGUUGGGACACAGCCACCUGCACCGAGGGCGUGGUGUCCGUGCCCAGGGGCGGGCGCGCCGAGAUGGGCUGCCGCAUCGCCAACGCCUUCUCCCACGUCUCCAUCUUGCUGUGCGUCCACGGGAGUCACUGCCAAACCGUCUUCAGCGAGGAGGGCCCUGGAAACUUCUCCCGGGGCGGGUGGCGUCUUCAGGUUCAAGGAGGGCUGGCGCAGCUGGUGAUCGAAGACGCCCGAACCUCCCAGGCAGGGACGUACAAGUGGCGUCUCGCGGGACUCCAGAGGAACGUGAGAUUCACCACCCUGAACGUUUCAGAGCCCCAGGCCCCCGAGGACGCCCCGGAGGAGAGCGGAGGCCCCCCGCGCCCCCACGCCGGCCGCGGGUAGGCGCCUCGGCAUCAGCGCCCGGUGCCCCCAGCCGUCCCAAGGGCUGCCCCUCCCUCACCCCGCCCCCCGGGCACCUCCUCGGGGCGGUGGGGGCCCCCCGGCCGCGCCCUGACCCCUCCGUGCCCCGCAGAGGCGCUGCGCGCCCCGCCCCGGGCCCGGCAGGUGGCCGUGGGGCUCCCGGUCUCGGCGGCGGCGGUGCUCGCGGGCGGCGCAGUCCUGGCGCUCUCCUGGCGGUGGUGUCGCGGCGCCUGGACGCGCGUGCAGAUGUGGAGGCUGAGCCUGCUGAGCCCAGGGCUGGUGGGGCACCCCAGCAGACACCACCUGGCAGAGCCCACCCAGUGGAAUGUGACGAAGGCCUGUGAACCCCCAGUGCCCACCGAUGCAGAGCCCAGCCCCAGUUUUCUGGGCACAGGAGGGCUGCUUGCCCCUUGGAGACUCAGGGACGCCACAGACUGAGGACAGCCUUCGGCCUCAUCGGCACCGGGCCCAGCCACCUGGGGCCCCUCUUCUCUCUCCAGGGCUGCGGUCUCCACAAGCAGCGAGGGGCACGCUGCCGGGGCCACCCUCCGGAAGUCAGGGCGUGCGGGCUUGCCUCCCCUGCGGACCCACGGGGGCCCCCACGUCCAACCCCCCCACGGGUCCCUCUGGGCCCAAACCAGCUCCUACCAAAUGCCCCCGCUUUGUGCAUCCCCUAAAGAGGGAGGUGCUCUCGCCUGAGGAUGGCCCCCCGCCCGACCUGCUUGCACCCAUCCUUAAAACCAACCAGAUGCCAUGGCCUCGGCCUCGACGUGGCUGGGGAAACGCGGUUGUUUUCUUAAUGGAAAAAAGUUGUAAGAAUCAAAAAGACAUUCUGCUCAGAUUGAAAAGCUCUUUCAACCCUCGCUGGCUUUGAAGCUCCUGGGACUGGAGGUCCCUGCCUUCUGCCCGGGCACCUCGUGGGCACCUCACGGUUCUCCCUGGGGUCCCCGGUGCCGAGGGCUGGGCCUGCCGUGGGGGUCUGGGCUGAGCCCCCCGCCCCGGCCGCUGGGCACACAGGGCACAGCACGGGGCUUCCGUGCUUUGCAGGCCCCAAAAGUCUACUACAUUGUGCCUAAAAUAGACACACAAAAGGUGGCACGUUUAAAGCUCUAUGAGCAUUAACUCCCCAUGAAGGUGCACACCAGAACGGACAUUCAGAGCGCCCCAACUGACUUCCUGGAUUUUUGAAGGACUUACUACCAACUGAUGUGUGCAUUAAAAUUUGAAAAUUUUUCUCUUAAUAAAAAAUAAUUUG